AUGUUGAGCAGGCUAGAUAAUAAUAGUUUUCAUGUCACCAAUAUUUAUGGCCCAUCCCACUCCCCUGAAAAACUAGGCUUUGUCACCUGGCUUAUCAACCUUGACACCACUGAGUUUGAAGAUUGGAUCAUUGGAGGUGAUUUCAACUUGAUCAGGCACCCUGAGAAUAGGAAUAAGCCAGGAGGGGAUUUUGGUGAAAUGAACAUGUUCAAUGAGCUCAUCACAGAUUUGGAUCUCACUGACAUUCCUUUUAGUGGCAGAAGCUUUUCUUGGAGCAAUAUGCAGGCUGACCCUCUUCUGAUCAAGCUUGAUUGGGUCUUUACAUCAUCUAGCUGGGCUAUGUCCUUCCCUACUACUUUUGUCCAACCUCUCUCCAAACCAGUGUCCGAUCAUAUUCCCUAUGCAGUCAUCAUUAGAAGUAGCAUACCCAAAUCCAACAUGUUUAGGUUUGAGAAUUACUGGGUUGAUCACCCUGGUUUCUUGGAAACUGUUGAACUCCACUAG